AUGACCAUCGACACUCUAGAAGAGCGGUACCAAGAAGCGUCUCCGAGCUUUGUCCACAGUUUCUCGUCAACAAUGGCUACGUUUAGAGAAGGGUCAAGAAAUACCAUCAAAGACUCCAAAGAGACCAGCGAUUUCUCCAUCGAUACGGUUGAUCCUUGUUUAAAGGAAGAGUCUUCCAUAGAUGAUCUCUCCCCAGCUGAGCUUGCAUAUCCCUAG